AUGAAAAAUCAUUGGGAUUGUAUGAACGCCGAAUGGACUCUUUUUAAGCAGUUGAUAAAGGGGGAGACAGGGUUAGGAUGGGAUGAAAACAAAAGAAUAAUUGUUGCGGAUGAUGAUUGGUGGGAGCAAAAAAUUAAGGAGAAUGUUAAAUACAAAAAAUUUAGGAAUAAAGAUCUUUCUCUUAUAUGGUUUCGAUAUGAUGCGUUGUUUGCUGAUAUUGUUGCCACUGGAGAGAGAGCACGAGCAGCAAGCCAAGAACAGAUGUCGGGGAUUGGAUUAGAUUUAGAUGAUGAAAUAAAUAAUUUUUAUGGUUAUGAUCAGGGUGAACAAUUUGGUAACCUUAAUGAUGAGAAGAGUGACGAUAGCGAUGAUAUCUUGCAACAUGCACAUUCUGUUAGGUUUCCUGAGCCAUCAUUAAAAAAACUAAAGUCAAUUGAUGGCGUUGGCACUAGCAGUCAAGGGAAAAAGAGUAAGGCAAAGUAUGGUGCUGUAUCACUAAAACAUGAUAUACACUCCCUACUUGAGAUGGUGUCCAACAAAAGUAGCGCUACAUCUCUUACAACAUCAGAGGCCACUAUCGAGAAGU